AGUGCCGCUCUGACUUUCCUGAGGUCGUUUCAGUAUUUUGUCUUUUCUUGCUCUUUGCAUUAUACAUGUGAUUUUCGAUUUGCGAAUUUUAUUAGUUUUGGUGGGUGCGUAAUCAAAAUCUUUCCUUUUUGUGGCUUGCGGUGGAAGCGACACUUGGCGCCUAAUUUUCGGCAAGGGUAGAAAACUUUUAGCAGAACAGGGGUUUAUUUUAAGUCGGCGGUGAAUACAAUUUUGUAAUGGUAUGAACGAGUCGUGUCCAACUUCGUUUCCUUGAGCCUUCCAAAUCCCCCUUCAAAUUUGCAAUAAUACUGAAUACGAACUUUCUUAGAGUCUUCCACCAAUCCUCACCUGUUCCGAACUCUGUUUUCGAGUCCUCACAUAUAUAUGCGCCCACCGGUAUUGAAUUCAAAGUUUUCGCUUUCUGGGGUUUGUUUUGGCUGCCUUGUGGGGGUGUAUUUAUAAAUCAAAGUUUUCGUUUUCCGGUUGGCUGCUUUUUAGGUGCGGAUUUGAGUUUAUAGUUUCUGCUUUCUGGGUUUUGUUUUGGCUGCUUUGUAGGUGCGGAUUUCGACUCGUUCGGUUGAUUUUUGCGGGCUGCAUUCUUAAGGAAAAGGGGAAACAGGAUUCCUUUUAGAUUUUGGGAAUUUAUUCUGAGUUGGGUUAAUGGGUGGGAGCAGUUCAAAAGAGGGGAUCUAUAGGCCGGAUUCGUCUACUCGAUGGAGUUCUGCGUGGGACGGGUAUUCGGAUGAUCAGCCAACAUAUUCUGAAUCGCCACAUGCUCAACCGUCAUAUGGUCAAGAAAGUGAGAGCUAUCCACCACCACCACCCCCGGAAUCCUAUCCAACAGCACAGCCUUACUAUGCCCCCGAGUACGCUGCUCCUGCAGCCCCUCGGCAUGAGAAGAAGUUCGAUAGGAGAUAUUCCAGAAUUGCUGAUUCUUACAAUUCCCUGGAGGAGGUGACGGAGGCUCUUGCACGUGCUGGUCUCGAGUCUUCCAAUCUUAUCGUCGGUAUUGAUUUCACAAAGAGCAAUGAAUGGACAGGUGCGAGGUCAUUUCACCGGAAAAGCUUGCAUCACGUUGGGAAUACGCCAAAUCCCUAUGAACAUGCGAUAUCCAUAAUUGGAAAGACCUUGGCUGUUUUUGAUGAGGAUAACCUAAUUCCCUGUUUCGGCUUUGGAGAUGCGUCAACUCAUGAUCAAGAUGUCUUUAGUUUCUAUGAUGAUAGAUAUUGCAAUGGAUUCGAGGAAGUAUUGACUCGCUACAGGGAAAUUGUUCCUAAGCUACGGCUUGCAGGACCGACUUCAUUUGCACCUGUAAUUGAACAGGCCAUGACUAUUGUUGAGGAGAGUCACGGCCAGUACCAUGUACUGUUGAUUAUUGCAGAUGGCCAGGUAACUAGAAGUGUUGAUACUGAACGUGGCAGGCUGAGCCCUCAGGAGCAGAACACAGUUAAUGCCAUUGUUGCAGCAAGCAAGCUCCCUCUAUCAAUUAUAUUAGUUGGUGUUGGAGAUGGGCCCUGGGACAUGAUGAAAGAAUUUGAUGACAAUAUUCCUACUCGGGCAUUUGAUAAUUUCCAAUUCGUGAAUUUUACGCAAAUUAUGUCAAAGAACGUGCCACCAUCAAGAAAGGAGACAGAAUUUGCUCUAGCAGCCUUGAUGGAAAUUCCUUCUCAGUAUAAAGCGACAUUAGAACUUAGCUUACUGGGUGGUCGGAAGGGCAAUAUUCCUGAGAGGGUUCCUCUUCCCCCACCAGUGUAUGGUGCGUCAUCUUUCAGCAGCUCAAAACCUUCCCGUGGUACCGGUUUCAGUACACCAUCUUUCACGAAACCUUCUCAAACUACCAGUUAUGAGCCUAGUGUUCCCCCUUAUUAUGGAGACAGCAGUUCCGUCGGUACAGCUCCAUCUGCUCCCAGUUCUACCUAUGAUCAUCAGGUUUGCCCCAUUUGCCUUACGAAUUCGAAAGACAUGGCCUUUGGUUGCGGGCAUCAGACAUGUUGCGACUGUGGACAGGAUCUUCAUUCGUGCCCAAUAUGCAGAACGACAAUCCAAACCCGGAUAAAACUGUAUUAAUGACGACCCUCUUUCGUGCCAGAGUGCUGACAUUGUUUGUAUUGGGAUUUUUUUUAAUUUAUAUAUAUAUAUAUAUAUAUAUAUAUAUAUAUAUAUUUUUUUUUUAAAUCACAUUCUUUGUAGUCCAUUGCUUUAGGUGAUCAGCAGGAGGUUAUUAGGUUUGGUAAGAGUGAUGUUAUUUCCACCCCAAUGUCUUAUUUUCCCACCUAUCUUUUAAUGAAAAUUUUAAUUACAUAUU